AUGUACAGUAUCUCUGUUCUAACAUUGGUUUUAUGUGAAGAGAUGAUAAUGGGAUCCUGUGAUGUUAAACUAGAGGGUUCACUUCUCAAGGAUCUAGUUGAAUUGCUCAUUAAAAAAGAAUCAGAUAAAGGCUGUAUGUUGUUAAAUAGGAAGAGAAUUCCUGCCUUUUCAGCAGUCUUAACAAAGUCAAAAUCCUUUUCAGAAAAUGAGAUAAUAAAAUUCGACAAAGUUUUUACUAAUAACCUGAACGGCUACAAUCCAAGUACUGGUAUAUUUACCGCACCUAUUGCAGGAAUAUAUAGAUUUUCUUCAAUGGUUAUGAAUGAAAGAGGAAAACCAUUGGUUGUCAGUCUUUGGCAUAAUAACACCAGAGUAACUAGUGUGUCCACGAAAGUAUCAGAUCAUACAACAGGAACACUCAGUAUACAAUUGGAUUUGAACAAAGGAGAUCACAUAGCUGUAAGGUCUUAUUACAAUUACAUUAUUUAUAGCAGCAACAUGCAUGACAGCACAUUUUCUGGAAAUCUUAUUGCUCAAUAA